CCGUGCUGGGACGCGCCGUCCUGGGCGAGCAGCAUCGCCCGUGGCGCGCUCUGGACUGCCGGGGUCCAUCGUCUGGCGCUGUGCCACGUGCUCGAGUCUGCGCUGAUGUCAAAUGGGUGUGGGCUCUUUGGGAAGGGCCCUGCGAGGACGCGGAGGGCGCGCGAUGUGCUGCGCGCGCGUGGAGGCCCCAGUGUGCUCUGUCGCCCAGCGCUGCUGACCAGUUGCAGGACUGGGCUCACGGAGAGGGCGCAUGGAGCCGCGGCGCUGCUGGCCGGGGGAUGUAUGCCCCGCAGCCUUGGGGGACUGGCGGGAACCGCUGAGGGGGGCCUGCAGCCAUAACCAGCAGACCACAGCAUUUAGGCAUCCUGUGACCGGGCAGUUUUCUCCAGAAAAUAGCGAAUUCAUUCUUCAAGAAGAGCCAAACUCACAUAUGUCAAAGCAAGAGAGAAACCAAAGACCGUCCAGCAUGGUCAGUGAAUCAUCCACAGCUGGGACCACGUCCACCUUGGAGGCCAAGCCUGGACCCAAGAUCAUCAAGUCCAGCAAUAAAGUCCACAGCUUUGGGAAGAGGGAUCAAGCCAUUCGGAGAAACCCCAAUGUUCCAGUGGUGGUGAGGGGCUGGCUGCACAAGCAGGACAGUUCUGGGAUGAGACUAUGGAAAAGGAGGUGGUUUGUGCUUGCUGAUUACUGCUUGUUUUACUAUAAAGACAGCCGAGAAGAAGUGGUCCUGGGAAGCAUCCCUCUGCCCAGCUAUGUGAUCUCGCCCGUGGGCCCUGAGGAUCGCAUAAGUCGCAAGUACUCCUUUAAGGCUGUGCACACGGGGAUGCGAGCGCUUAUCUACAACAGCUCCACGGCAGGCUCCCAGGCCGAGCAGUCAGGCAUGAGGACCUACUACUUCAGUGCUGACACCCUGGAGGACAUGAACGCUUGGGUGAGGGCCAUGAACCAGGCUGCACAGGUGCUGUCUCGAUCAUCACUGAAGAGGGAUUUGGAGAAAGUGGAGCGGCAGGCAGUGCCUCAAGCCAACCACACAGAGUCCUGUCGAGAGUGUGGCAAUACGGGACCUGGACACUCAAGGAAUUGUCCUCAUCGCGGCCAUGAUGACUCUGUUGGCUUUGAGAGGCAGGAGCAGGAAGAACAGCGGUACCAUUCCCAGAGAGACCUGCUGGAGAGCAAGCGGGACAGGAGCAAGGCCAGGUCCCCAUACUCACCCACUGAGGAGGAUGCCUUGUUUGUGGAUUUACCCAGUGGCCCAAGAGGCCAGCAGGCACAGCCCCAGCGCGCAGAGAAGAAUGGCAUGCUGUCUGCCUCUUAUGGCCCUGGAGAGCAGAAUGGUACUGGCGGGUACCCUCGGGCCUUUCCUCCCAGGGCCACCACAGAGAAGCACAGCCAGAGGAAGAGCAGCCUGGCCCAGGUGGAGCACUGGGCAAAGGCCCCGAAGGCAGAUGGCAGGAGCCUUCCCUCAGACCAAACACUUCCUCGCCAGGGUCCCAGCCAGCCCCUGUCCUUCCCAGAAAACUACCAGACCCUUCCCAAGAGCACCCGGCACCCCUCAGGGGGGUCCUCGCCCCCUCCGCGGAACCUGCCUAGCGACUACAAGUAUGCACAGGACCGUGCCAGCCACCUGAAGAUGUCAAGUGAGGAACGCCGGGCACACCGGGAUGGCACUGUGUGGCAGCUGUAUGAGUGGCAGCAGCGCCAGCAGUUCCGGCAUGGCAGCCCCACAGCACCCAUAUGUGCUGGCUCCCCGGAGUUUGCAGACCAGGGCCGGAGCAGGAGCAUGCUGGAGGUGCCCCGCUCCAUCUCUGUGCCUCCAUCACCCUCGGACAUCCCUCCCCCAGGGCCCUCGAGGGUCUUGCCACCCAGGAGGCCACACACGCCAGCAGAGCGUGUCACUGUGAAGCCACCAGAGCAGAGGAGAAGUGUGGACAUCUCACUGGGAGGUUCUCCCAGGAAGGCACGGGGCCAUGCCAUCAAGAACUCCUCGCAUGUGGACCGACGCUCCAUGCCUUCCAUGGGUUACAUGACCCACACUGUCAGUGCUCCCAGUUUACAUGGAAAAUCGGCUGAUGAUACCUAUCUUCAGCUGAAGAAAGACUUGGAAUACCUGGAUCUAAAGAUGACAGGCCGGGACCUUCUCAAGGAUCGAAGCCUGAAGCCUGUGAAGAUUGCUGAGAGUGACAUUGAUGUCAAACUGAGCGUCUUUUGUGAACAAGAUAGGAUCCUCCAGGACCUGGAAGAUAAGAUUCGAGCCCUCAAGGAGAACAAAGAUCAGCUAGAAUCCGUGCUGGAGGUGUUGCACAGACAGAUGGAGCAGUACCGAGACCAGCCACAGCACUUGGAGAAGAUUGCCUACCAGCAGAGGUUGCUGCAGGAGGACCUGGUCCACAUCCGAGCAGAGCUCUCCAGAGAGUCUACUGAAAUGGAGAACUCCUGGAAUGAGUACCUGAAGUUGGAGAGUGAUGUGGAACAGCUGAAGCAGACCCUGCAGGAACAACACAGACGAACCUUUUUUUUCCAGGAGAAAUCACAGAUACAGAAGGACCUGUGGAGGAUUGAAGAUGUCCUUGCAGGUCUGAGUGCAAAUAAAGAAAACUACAGAAUCCUGGUGGAAUCGGUCAAAAAUCCUGAGAGAAAAACAGUGCCUUUGUUCCCUCACCCGCCUGUGCCUUCACCCUUGACCUUGGAGAGCAAGUCGCCCCCACAGCGCAGCCCUCCUGCCAGCCCAGUGCGGACCCCUCUAGAAGUUCGGCUGUUCCCACAGCUGCAGACCUAUGUGCCCUACCGACCUCACCCGCCCCAGCUAAGGAAAGUGACAUCCCCGCUUCAGUCACCAACUAAGACAAAGCCCAAAAUGGAAGAUGAGGCACCUCCUAGGCCCCCGCUUCCUGAACUUUACAGCCCAGAGGACCAGCCGCCUGCUGUGCCCCCGCUCCCGAGGGAGGCCACCAUCAUCCGGCACACUUCUGUGCGGGGCCUCAAGCGGCAGUCAGAUGAAAGGAAGCGAGACCGGGAGCUGGGGCAGUGUGUGAAUGGGGACUCGCGGGUGGAGCUCCGGUCGUAUGUCAGUGAGCCGGAGCUGGCCACCUUCACUGGGGACAUGGCUCAGCACUCCCUGGGACUCGUGGGUCCUGAGAGCAGGUACCAGACGCUGCCAGGCAGAGGGCUCUCCGGGUCCACAUCCCGGCUCCAGCAGUCAUCCACCAUUGCGCCCUACGUCACACUCCGGAGGGGUCUAAAUGCCGAAAGCAGCAAGGUGACCUUCCCUAGACCCAAGAGUGCCUUGGAGCGCCUAUACUCGGGGGACCACCAGCGGGGCAAGAUGAGUGCUGAGGAGCAGCUGGAGCGCAUGAAGCGGCACCAGAAGGCCCUGGUCCGCGAGCGCAAGAGGACACUGAGCCAAGGAGAGAGGACAGGCCCAGCCUCAGCUCGAUACCUCGGCCAGCCGCUCCCUGGGGACCUGGGCUCAUGGAAGCGGGAGCAGGACUUUGACCUGCAGUUGCUGGAACGGGCCAUGCAAGGGGAAAGGAAGGACAAGGAGGAGAAUGGCUGGUUGAAAGUGCAGGCCAUGCCUGUCACAGAGUUGGACCUGGAACCACAAGACUAUGACCUGGACAUCAGCAGAGAGCUGUCCAAACCUGAGAAAGUCUCCAUCCCCGAGCGCUAUGUGGAGCUGGAUCCUGAAGAGCCACCCAGUCUCGAGGAGCUGCAGGCACGUUACCGCAAAGCCGAGAAGAUCCGCAACAUCCUCACCCGGUCAAGCAUGUGCAACCUGCAGCCCUCAGCAGCCCAGGACCGCAACAGCCUGGCCGACCUGGACUCACAGCUGCAGGAGCAGGAGCGCAUCAUCAACAUCUCCUAUGCCCUGGCCUCUGAAGCCUCCCAGCGCAGCAAGCAGGUGGCAGCGCAGCAGCUGGCCCUCCUCCCACCUAAAGCGCCCCUGUCCUCCAGGACGGUGCCACCUUAUCCCCCCUUAAGCAACGGACUCCACUACACCUUUGUCUAACACCGUCCAACCCAGGCAGUGACUGACCCGUGACCCAGUGUGCAGAGAAGCCUGGAUCCAGGGCCAAGUGGAACCAGCUCCUCCCAGGAGAUUGGCCUCUCUGCCCCACUGCCCGUUGCAGCUGAGCAGGUUCUGGCAGAGGAAGGAACAGCACACCAACCAUGAGGCGCCCCCCCCCCCCGAAGCUGGGUCCCAACAUAUCCCCAUUUGUUCCUGCUCAGACUCCUUUUUACAAGUGACAAAGGCACUUUGGAUGGACACUGUAAAAUACUGGCACUGUAUCCUAGAAUCAGAAUGUAUUUUAUACUGUUCACCUCAAGGGCUGCACGGCUGGGAUGGUGAGGAUGCAGGGUGGUAGCUGCACAUACAGAUUCAGGUACUCGUGGGGUGGUAGGUAUGGGGAGGGGGUGGACGGGGCAAGAAGCGGCAGUCCAGCUGUUGCGGACUCAGGUGAAAUUGUGCUUCCUGUGGGCUCUAGUGUGGUCCCACUGGUACUCAGUCCUGGCAGAGAGGGCCCUCAGCUGCAGACAGUGGCCGUCCCUGACCUGACCUCGUGACCAGCACCAAGUGACGCUCAUCCAGGGUGCACGUGGAGCCCACGUCUGUGCCUCGGCCCUUGGUUUUGGUGUAGGGGCAGCGAUGUGUUUGAGAGCUCUGAGUUCCCUAACCUCGCCAGGAGGUUCUCUCAGCAAAGGGCUCUUCUUGCAGAGAAGCAGCUUACUUUCAUUAAAAAAUACAUUUUGAAGUACAAAAAAUGUGAGAGGAAGCACCUUUUUGUAUCAUAGCAAUAAACUCUGUACUGGGUGGCAUCUACCUGAGAAUCCCUGACUACUGACUUCCCGCCAAGCAGGCGUUACAGGAACCUUUACCGCCUGCCUAGAGGACCUCUGGUUCGGGUCCCUAGGACGUGGGUCUGGUGGCAGGCGGGCAAGCUCUCUGCCAGCCUUGAUGAACCUGUCACCAGCAGGGCCACCACCGCAAGACUUUAACGUGACUUCUAGCCCCAAAUGAGGAGGAGGCUACCAAGCCAGGCGCAGUAUUUAUGGUCCUUUAUUUAAAGUUGUCUCACAAUGUUCUGUGUAAGAAAACAAUGUUUAAAAGGAAAAAAUGAAAACUUUCAUCGGGUGGAGCCACACUUUAAAUGAAAAUUUGUGUCUAUGCUCAGAAAAAAAAGAAUCUUGAAUAUAUUUAGAAGUUGCGGUCUAUUUUUAACUAACUCCAUAUGCUGCCAGUAUCAACUUCAUGACAUUUGCCAAAAUAAAAUUUUAUUUUUGCCUUUAUAGGA